UAUACAAGUAUUCAAACACAUUUUUACCACUUGUAUCCGUCAAAACAAAAAAUAUAGAUACUAAAAACUAAAAUAAAACAAACACUACUUUAAUUAACGCAAAUACGAAAAUCCCACUAAUCAAUCAACACCCAACUCAUUCCACAAACGCACCUUCCGAUAACCUCUAAUCUCAACCCUAAUCUACGAUAACCGAUAAAUCUUACUCAUUCCAACACAAACUAUCACAAAAUGUCACAGCCACAAAAGCCAAAAAUCCGCUUCCACGAGACCCACGGGAUCGACAUCUCAAUAUCCCACAAAUCCACCACAGCCCGCAGCGCCCAAACGAACCACAACGGCCUAGUAUUCAUAUCCGAACCAAUCCGCCCUUUCCAAAAAAUCGCCAUAAAACUCGUCGAAGUUUCGGACAAAUACCCGACCAUCAUCAGCAUCGGAUUCACGUCACAUGACCCGUCCACCAUGCGAGACGACCUACCCCUCAAAAGCAGGAGCGAGUUGAAGAUAAAACAAGGAUUCUGGAUUUGUACACCACCGAAGCAAUGCUGCGUCCGGGACGCGGUAUUACAGUUCUACGUGAGUCCCUCUGGGAAUAUUCAUUUCGGUGUGAACGGUGUGGAGAAGGCGUGUUUCGACAAAAACGUGGACACGAGUGGACAAUUGUGGGGUUUGGUGGACAUCCGGAGCCCUCUGACGGCCAUCGAAGCACACAACUCUCACCCGAAUGUCAACGUACCAAAAGCGACUAUUUUUCACGAGUUCAGUAGCGCCAACGUGAAAGUAAGCGCCAACAGAGUGCAAAAACUAGACGACGAUCCUGGUUACGUUUUCGUGGGGGCGCCCCUUCAACUCGAAAAAUCCGUACUAGUUAGAUUUUUGAGUGAUGGUAAUCUUGUUUUAGGGGUGACUUCUUGCGAUCCGUCGUUUUUAAAACAUGAAGAUCUUCCGGAAACUCCGGAUGGUUUGUUUGACAGAUCGGAGUAUUGGGUGGUUGUGGAUGAUCCCACUUGGAAUUUCCAACGAAACGAUGAACUAAGUUACUUGAUUUCGACUGAUGGGGAAAUGAAAAUUUGGAAGAACAGUUCUUUGCUUCUGAAGAAGUUUCACGUUGAUACGACCACCAAACUAUGGGGGUUUUUUGUUUUGGGGAGUGGUAAAAAAAUUGAAGUGACGAUUUCUGGGAAGAAUUUGGCGCCCUCUGAGAGGAAGGUGGAGAAACAGGUUCGGGGUGAUUCGGGGUGCGUUAUUUGCUGCGAUAAUUUGAUCGAGGUGGCUUUGUAUCCUUGUGGACAUAUGUGUUUGUGUGCGGAUUGUGCGAAGAAGCAGUGGCGGGGGGGUGGCGACGGGCAUUGUCCUUUGUGUAGAGUGGGGAUAAAGGACGUAAUGAAGGUGUAUAGAUCGUAGAAUUAAUUAAUUAAUUACUUUAAAAUAACCAAUAUGUCAGUAGCUUGUUCCCAUUAAUGAUCAAUAAAUCACGAAUUUAUUAAUCUAUUUAUUUGUACCUAUUUAGAUACGAUUUAAAUCAAUCCCAAUAUUUAAUUAUG